AUGAAAAAGAGGGCAGUAAGCGAUGAGCCAAUGGAUAAUGUCAACUAUUGUAGUGCCAUUGCUACAAAAUCCUUAGUGCAGCAGAAGGCCGAUCCUGGAGCAUUCACUAUUCCAUAUACAAUCGGGUCUCUUAAUUUUGCUAAGGCCCUAUGUGAUCUAGGCGUGAGCAUAAAUCUGAUGUUGCUAGACGUGUAUAAAAAGCUAGGUUUGGGGGAUCCUACCUCGACAAAUAUAUGGUUGGUGAUGGGGAAUAGGUCUGUAAAGACGACAGUAGAAAUAUUACAUGAUGUAUUGGUAAAGGUGGCCAACUUUGUACUUCCUGCUAAUUUUGUAGUCCUAGACUAUCAGGCGGACUUUGAAGUUCCUAUCAUUUUGGGUAGACCAUUCCUCAUAAUUGGGAGAGUGGUAGUAGCCAUGAAGCUGAAUGAGAUAAAGUUCAGGUUCAAUGACAAAGGGGAAUGUUUCAAAUUGCACUCAUCCAUGAUACAGCAAAAGGAUAUGAGUGUCUUCUCAAUCACGGAUAUAUUUUAUGAAGACCGAAAAGAGGUAGCAGCAUAG